AUGAGCGACAGCCGCGAGGAGCUCCACAGCGCAGAGCACGACAGGAUGGAUGCUGAGGAGGAGGCCGGGACGAAGAGGGCGGCCGUCCGUAGCUACUGGGCGGAGGUGAAGAAGGACGACAAGGCGCUCAGCAGGUUUGCCCUCGGCUACCUGGAGCACAAGAUUUUCUCCUGGACCGUCCAAGAUAUCUUCAACAAGAACCUCCUCAGGCAGCAGAAUUUACUUCAACGGGAACUGAUCAAGCUAUGUGGACAUUCAUCGCAGGUCAAGAGGAUACCGGAUACCUUCACAUCAAAAAUCACUUACUUGAACUCAUUCACAUGCCCUCUCAUUGAAGAAGUACAUGCUGAUGUGUUUUCGGCGUUGGAUGAUUAUGCUCAGUCGAACUUUAUAAAAAUAAUCUGGGUGGAGAAGCUUGAUGACGAGAAAUCAAUAUUCUGUUUUGAGGUUGCUGAGCCAUCAAAGGAUCCGAAGUCAAGGGAGACAUACGAUCCCAAAGGAGGGGACAUAAUAGUUGUUUCCUUGCGGAAACCACAGCAUGUGUCUGAUUUGAUACAAAAUAAGGCAUCUUAUGUUUUAGGUUCAGUUCUAAAAUGUGGAGACAUAGAUGGAGAUUUCCCACCCAAUUGUUGCAUUGUUCGGUUUUCAGCUGCUAUUCCUAUUGAAGUAGAUCCAGAAACAAAAUUACCCGUGGAGCCAUCAUUUGCUGUGUUUCUCAUAAAUAUGAAAACAUACGAUCGGAUCUGGAAGUGCCUUCGUAUGGAAGUAGAACAUCAGAACAGAAGCAGUAGUACUGGCAUCAUCGAUCUGGUGUGGCAAUACAAGCGAAGGGUACUGGAUGAUAGCUUGUCAUGCUCUCAGAUAUCUCAAUACUUCGCUCGUAGAUCAAUUGAUGGUCUUGGCCUUGAGCAGUUCAACCUAAAUGACUCACAGCUGAAUGCAGUAGCAGACUGUGUCUCGGUAAUGGAGAACCACUCGCCUUCCCUAAAACUCAUAUGGGGCCCCCCUGGUACAGGUAAAACUAAAACGAUCAGCACUAUCCUGUGGGCAAUGCUCAUCAAGGGACUAAAGACACUUACCUGUGCACCAACCAAUACUGCUGUACUGGAAGUCGCAUCACGAAUUGUCAGGCUUGUUGGAGAGGCUCCAGAUGGUAGCCCCUGCUUUCUGAAUAUCGUCCUGUUUGGAAAUAAAGAGAGGAUGAAAAUAGAUGAUAAUCAUGAUCUUUCCAUGGUAUUCCUUGACUCGCGUGCGGAGCGGUUGUUGCCAUGUUUCGUACCACACACUGGUUGGAGGCAAUGCUUGUCUUCACUGAUAGAUCUUCUUGAGAAUCCUGUGACCAAGUACAAGUUGCACAUUCAGGAUAUUGUUGAAAAGAUGAAGAUGGAAAAGGAGAUGCCCAAAAAGGAUGGGGACAAACCCCUCGUGGGCAAGGACAGGAAUUCUUUGCCCUCACGGUAUCCUUUACGGUCCAAUCCCAACUCCAAAGAUCAUCUUGUUGCACCUCUCUCAGUGUUUCGCAAGAUAACCCAUAACAGGCCUGAGGAUGAGAAAGAAGAGUGCCAUAAUGAAGGAUGGCAUGACUCUGACGCUAUGGUGGAAGCAUUAAGAGCACUGCCAUUCAAGGAUUAUUUGAAAGAUAACUACAACAAACUUUCUAAGGAUUUGUGCUAUUGCAUCGAGAUACUUUAUAAUGAUCAUCCAAGAAAUUCAGAAACAGGACAGAGCUUUCAGUGUAUGUUGGAAGUGCUUGAAUUGAUAAGAAUUCUCCAUGCUUUGAUAAAUUAUGACAGGGAUACUGAUGAUAUAUGCUCAGAUGAACUUCUUGAGGGCAAGGUAGAAGAGGAAUGUAACCCUGUGUCCUGGCCUCAGCAGUUAAACUCUGUGCGGACUAACAGAUGCAAUAAAUCCAGGUUUAAGCUGGCCAGAUCCCUGUGUGUGCAAGAAUUAAGAUACCUUCGCAAAAACUUAGAGCUUCCAAAUUAUUACAGCACGAGGCAAAUUCAACUGUAUCUGCUGCAGAGAACAAAAUGCAUUCUCUGUACAGUUUCCAGCUCUUUCAGGUUGUAUGGUGUGCCCAUGGACAAUUCUACUUCUGAUACUGGCAAAUUGCUCAAGAAGCCUGAAAAGCCAAAUCUUCUGGACCUGCUGAUUGUUGACGAGGCUGCACAGCUCAAAGAGUGUGAGACUUUAAUUCCCUUGCUGCUGCCUGGCAUAAAGCAGGCUGUUUUUAUCGGAGACGAAUAUCAGUUACCUGCUCUGGUGAAAAGCAAAAUAUCUGACAAUGCUAAAUUCGGGCGAAGUGUUUUUGAGAGGUUAAGUAUGCUGGGAUACAGUAAGCACCUUCUCAAUGUGCAAUACAGGAUGCAUCCGAAAAUAAGCAAGUUUCCACUUGUUACAUUUUACGAUGGCAAGAUAUCUGAUGGUCCUAAUGUCACUAGUGAGAGCUAUGAAAAGAGGUUUUUAGCAAGCAAAAUCUUUGGGUCAUACUCAUUCAUAAAUGUAGAUGGGGGACACGAAACAACUGAGAAGCACGGGCGUAGCCUGAGAAACACAAUUGAAGCUGCUGCAGUAUCACGGAUAGUGCAGAGGUUGUUUAAAGAGUCAGUCUCUACUGGAAUCAAAAUCUCUGUUGGCGUUGUGUCCCCAUAUAAUGCUCAAGUUAGAGCAAUUCAUGAAAAACUUGGGAAAUCCUACAAUAUGCAUGACGGUUUCUCUGUAAAAGUGAAAUCUGUGGAUGGUUUCCAACGCGCAGAGGAAGACGUCAUUAUCAUAUCAACAGUGAGGAGCAAUAAAGCUGGUUCUGUUGGAUUUCUCACGAACAUGCAGAGGACCAAUGUGGCUCUGACAAGGGCUAAGCACUGUCUAUGGAUAGUAGGAAACGGGACGACUUUGUCCAACAGCAAGUCUGUUUGGCAGAAGAUAGUCAAGGAUGCGCGUGACCGAGGCUGCUAUUUUGAUGCCAGUGAAGACAAAGAUCUGUCAAACGCGGUAGUCAAGGCCAUCAUCGAGUUUGAUGAUGCGGAGAAUUUAGUGAGAAUGGACUCGCUGCAUAUAAGCAAGCCAAGGUUUCAGCAAUCAAGGCCCAAAUACCGUGCAUGAGAUAUCAGCAACUGAAGAAACCUCCACCUGCGUUAGUUAGUAAGGGAUGGCUGCUGUCGUGAGAUGCCCCGUAUUUUGUUGAACCUAUGUAGUAGUGCUAGAUUGAUGCACGUUUGAACGUAGUCGAUGUUACGCAAGCUCUGCUGUCGGGAAGACUGAAGAUUCUUGUACGUAUCUCCCUUGCCUGCCGAAUCGUCUUUGUUUGGCGGCUGUUGGGAGCUCGUUUUGUCC